ACUGAGGAACAAGAAUAUACAGCAACAAUAUACACACCAAGAACAUACACUUCCGAUAUCGAAAAGCUAAACACGAAAAUGUCCUCCUGUCUUUUUUUCCUUGUUGUUCUCCUGCAUUUUUCCUUCGGGUUAAAACAGCUAGAGUCGACCACUCUUAGUUUUAAUACCACCGACGCUAAACACAGUAUUCGGAUGGCUAAAAACAUUACAAUUGAGCCAAAAUGUCAGAGUAAAUGCGGAGACCUGACGGUACCAUAUCCGUUUGGAAUCGUAUCAAAGGGUCUCAAGUGUUCCAUAGACCCCUCUUUUGAUAUUACGUGCAACAAUUCUUUCAAUCCUCCCAAGGCCUUUAUACAAACUGGUAACAUUCAGGUGUAUGAUAUAUCGGACACUGAGUUAAGAGUAUCAACUUUCAUGUCUUCCAGAUGCUAUAAUCAGCCCGGCUUUUUAAAUUACACCGAAGCUCGGGUUAAUGUUGAACCUCCGUAUAUAUAUUCUGACGCAAAUGUGUUCACAGUUGUUGGUUGUGAUGACUUUGGCAGCCUUUUCAGAGAUGUAAAUUCCGUUUCCCGUAAAGGAUGCAUGACAACAUGCGACGACGCUGAGGAUGUCGAUAAAGAUGAGUGCUCCGGCAAUGGUUGUUGUCAAACAUCCGUCAAUCUUGACAAGUAUUUCCGAAUCGGUCUUUCAAGCGAUUUUAAUCAUACAUAUAACGUCUCAUCAUUUAACCCGUGCGGUUAUGCAUUUUUGGGUGAGAAAGAUAAAUUCAAGUUUCAAGGCACAUCAGAUCUUAAUGAUCCAGAUUUCCGGAACAGGACUAAGGCUAAUGUUCCUAUAGUACUAGACUGGGGUAUAGGGAAGAACAAUUGCAUUGAAGCACAGAAAGACCAAGCUUCUUAUGCUUGCAAACAUGAAAAUAGUGACUGCAUAAAUGGAAGUAGGUCUGGUGGAUAUCGUUGCAUUUGCAGAGAUGGUUAUGAGGGUAAUCCAUAUCUCAGUCCAGGAUGCCAAGAUAUAAAUGAAUGUGAACAACAUACACAUGGUUGUGAACAACACUGCAAUAAUACUCAGGGGGGUUUUAAUUGCUAUUGCGGAUCCGGCUACUCUAUUGAUGUUCGUGAUGGCAAAAAAUGCACUGCUAAAAGUGUUUUAAUUGCUAACGGCAACAGGAUCAAGUUGGUAUUAGGUUUGGUAAUUUGUUGCCUUUUAGUAAUCAUCGGAAUGAACUGGCUGUACUGCAUCAUGAAGCAGAGAAAGCAUUCUCAAUUACGAGAAAAAUUCUUUGAGCAGAACGGGGGUUUUCUCUUAAGACAACAAAGUAUUUCUGAGGGAGGUAGUAUCGAGUCUACAAAACAUUUCACUUACGAAGAAUUGAAGAAAGCGACCAACAACUAUGCUGCUGAUAGAAUAGUUGGACAAGGUGGUUAUGGUAUAGUUUACGAAGGAAUUUUACCUGAUCAACGUGUCGUUGCAGUCAAAAGGUCUAAAGUAUUGGAUACGAGUCAAAUAGAUCAAUUUAUCAACGAGGUGGUCGUUCUUGCACAAGUUAACCACAGAAAUGUGGUCAAACUUCUAGGAUGUUGUUUAGAAUGUGAGGUGCCAUUGUUGGUAUAUGAGUUUAUAUCUAAUGGCACUUUGUUCCAUCAUGUCCACAGUACUGACGGAGGCUUGUCAUGGUUAUCUUUAGACAAUCGGUUGAGAGUUGCUGCUGAAUCUGCUGGUGCCCUUGCGUAUCUUCAUUCAGAAGCUUCUAUGCCCAUUAUGCAUAGAGAUGUCAAAUUAGCCAACAUAUUACUUGAUGACAAUUAUGUUGCUAAAAUAUCUGAUUUCGGAGCCUCCAGGCUGGUACCCAUGGAUCAAACUAAAGUGAUCACAUUAGUCCAAGGAACUUUAGGCUACUUGGACCCUGAAUACUUCCAUACAGGUGAACUAACCGACAAAAGUGACGUUUAUAGUUUUGGAGUGGUCCUUGCAGAGCUCUUAACUGGAAGAAAACCAAUUUCCAUGGAAAAUUCUGGGGAAGAAAAAAAUUUAGCCACGUAUUUCAUUACUUCCCUCAAGGAGAACAGAUUAUUUCAAGUUCUAGAUCGUCGAGUAGUGAGGGAAGGGUCGAUGGAUCAACUUCAAAACGCUGCUCAACUUGUGAAGAGGUGCCUUAGCCUUAAUGGCGAGGAAAGACCACCAAUGAAGGAUGUGGCGACGGAAAUGGAGAGUCUAAGGAAAUUAACCAAACAUCCUUGGGCUAAUCAACAUGGCACUGAAGAAACCACAAGCUUGAUCGUUGAUAGAGAGAUUCAGCAUUCAGACCUCUAUGAAAUUCAGCUAACUACUCAUGGUGAGAAUAACUCUGAACAGUAUAGCUCAAGUACUACUGUUAGUUUGUUGCACCAGCCAACCACCCCUCGAUGCAUUACCACGUGUGAAGACACUGACCAAGUCCGCAAAGAUGAGUGCUCUGUAGGCAGUGGCUGUUGUCAAGUACCCUUUAGUGAUCAGCAGAAGAACUUCCAAUUUCAACUUGAUAUCUAUAAUAAUGGAAGUACAGGUUGUGCGCAUCGUUUUUCAGUAAGAAAGAAAGAUUCGAAUUUAGAGAAGCAGCUGAGAACCAGAGUUCUUAUGCUUGCAAAGACGAAAAUAGUGACUGCUUCAAUGCAACGGGGUCGAGUGGAUAUCUUUGCAGGUGCAAACAAGGUUUCAGGGGCAAUCCAUAUCUCAGUUCAGGAUGUGAAGAUAUCGAUGAAUGCAAAUCCAGAAGAUAAUCGAUGCCAACAAAGAUGCAAUAAUACUCCCGGGAACUAUAUCUGUUCUUGCGAAGAUGAUUUCUUUCUUUUUGAAGAUUAUAAAUGCAUUGUUCUAGGCUCCACCUCCCAAGGCUCCAACUCCCAAUUGAUCAAGGUUUUAAUAGGAACAGGAUUUGGGUGCCUCUCCUUAAUCAUAUUAAUGAAUUGGCUGUGUUGCAUCAUGAGGAAAAGAAAACAUAUGAAGCUAAAAGAGAAAUUCUUCCAGCAGAAUGGUGGUCUACUGUUAGAACAACAUAAUAUCGGGGAGGGUGGUUCUAUUGAUUCCACAAAACAUUACACCGAUGAAGAGCUAAAAAAAGCAACCAACAACUACGCGGCUGAUAGGAUUCUUGGACAAGGUGGUUAUGGUGUAGUUUACAAAGGAAUCUUACCUGAUGAUCGUGUAGUUGCAAUCAAGAAGUCUAAAGUAGUGGACAAGAGUCAAAUAGAGCAAUUUAUCAACGAGGUGCUGAUUCUUACACAAGUUAACCAUAGAAAUGUGGUCAAACUGUUGGGAUGUUGUUUAGAGUGUGAGGUACCAUUGUUGUUAUAUGAAUUUGUAUCCAAUGGUACCUUAUACCAUCAUGUCCACAACAUUAGUGGAGGCAUGUCAUGGCUGUCUUGGGAGGAUCGGUUGAGAAUUGCUGCUGAAUCUUCCGGUGCUCUUGCAUAUCUUCACUCUGCAGCCUCUAUACCCAUCAUCCAUAGAGAUGUAAAGUUGGCUAAUAUUUUAGUGGAUGAUCAUCAUGUUGCCAAAAUUUCAGAUUUUGGAGCGUCCAGGUUGAUACCCAUGGAUCAAACUCAAGUGACCACCUUAGUUCAAGGAACUAUAGGGUACUUAGACCCCGAAUACUUCCAUAGGCAACUGACUAACAAAAGUGAUGUUUAUAGUUUUGGAAUUGUCCUGGCAGAGCUCUUAACAGGAAGGAAACCAAUCAGCAUGGACAAUCCUGAGAAUGAAAGAAAUCUAGCCACAUAUUUCAUAACCUCCAUGAAUGAAAACCGAUUAUUCCAAAUUCUAGAGCCUCGGGUAUUAAGGGAAGGGACAUCGGACCAGUUUCAAAAGGCUGGUGAACUUGUAAAGAGGUGUCUUGACCUUAAUGGUGAGAAAAGGCCAACAAUGAAGGAAGUGGCAAUGGAAUUAGAGAGCUUGAGGAAAUUUACUAAACAUCCUUGGGCUAAUCAGCCUAUCAAUGAAGAGACAACAAGUUUAAUAGCUCAUUCGAGGAUUCAGCAUUCAGACCUCUAUGAAAUUAAGCUAAGCUCUCGUGAUGGGAAUGGUUCUGAAUCUGAACAGUAUAGCUCAAGUACUACUGUUAGUUUGGUGCACCAGCCAACCACCCCUCGUUGAGAUAUAUCUUGAUCUACAUUCAUGAUUUGUUCAUAAAUACAUGAAUGUAUAUCCUAAUAUUUCAUUUCUCUGUUUAGUACCAGUUCAAUACACAAGUUCAUUUUUGUCAAGUCAUG